GACUGUGCACACUGCCACGUAAAAUAGAGUUGAGUCAUUAUUGAAUGACAGCCAUGCAGUCAUGAGGGAGCUUUUAUAUUUUUUCCUCUUUAUGCUUCAUUUCAGUACAGGCUGUAUUGUGUCAGAUAAGCAGCAAACAGUAAGAAUAAUUGGAUAUACAGGUGGUUCAGUUGUGCUGCCCUGCUCCUGUGCUGACCCUCAGUCUAGAGCCACGACAGUCACCUGGCAGUUUCAAAGCAGUGGAAAUCGAUGGAUUCCAGUAUUUGAAGAUGAGAAAUACAGUGGCAGACGUGUGCUGUUUAAUGAACAUUCUCCAACAAAUCUGUCUCUUCUCAUUACUGACCUCAGAACAAAUGACCAGGGCUACUAUAAGUGUCUGACUGAAUCAAAUACUUUUACACAUGUUGACUUAAAGGUUACAGGAUGUGAUUUGUUUGAGAACAGAAAGACAGUUGCAGCGACUGGAUAUUCAGGAGAGUCUGUGGUUCUGCCCUGCUCCUGCACUGAACUACUGGCUAAACCUGAACAGAUACAAUGGAUGUAUUUUAUAGCAGCUAAUUAUAAAGAAAUUUACCCAAAUGAACAGAUUAAGAGUUAUGAGAACAGAGUCAAACUGUUAAAUCCAAACACUCCAGGAAAUCUUUCUCUACACAUAUCAGCUCUGACUACAGAGGAUGAAGGGUACUAUCAGUGUUACGUCUCGUCUCAUCAAGUAGUCGCUGUCAGACUUACUGUACUUCAUGCUGAAGAAAAACCUCACAUCAAUACAAUCACUUUAACAACACAUCAACCUUCACACCAAACACAAGACUCCUCAACUUCACAACUUCAACCGACUCAACUCAACGUCACACCAAAUCAACAUCACACACCUUAUUAUGUUUUCAUUCUACUGGGAGUGUUUUUCUCAGUGCUUUUACUGGCAUUACUGGCAUUUAUAUGGUGGAGAUGUAGAGGAAGUAGAAAUUAUAAAAAGGUGACCACUAAUGGUGAAGAGCUAAAGACUGAACAAGAGAAUCAGGAUGACGUGAUGUAUUCUACUGUAGUCCAUGUUAAAACAGCGUCCACACCAGCUCACACACACAAUGACCCAGCAGAGUUCUCGGAGUACGCUCGUAUCAAUGUUAAACGCUAAAAGAACAACAGUGAGCACUGUAGAUACACUGACACAACUGUAUACUUUUGUUAUUAAAUUUUCUGUAACCUCAAUUUGAAAAUAAACCUGUUCAUUGUUAGGAGGACGUUUACGUGACUUGGAAGCACAUCAAGAAUGAUUGUAAAGCAGAACUAAACAACUGAGGAAGCUGUGUUGCUCGUCUCUAUUUUUAGACAUAUGAGCACUGACAGAGGAACAAAAAAAUGAAUCACACACUAUGUGCAUGCACUUUUGCAUUAAGUUAUCACGCAAAGUCACUAUAACCAUAGUGUGUCGGGCUUGGUAGUUCAGCCUGUCUUUUUGCCAAUUGAAAGAAAAAAAUACUUAAGUACAAAAAACAGUACAAUGUAAUUUCCUCCCCCAAAGUCAAGCUCCAAAGAGGGUGCAUACUACGUUCUGUGGUCUACAUACAAAGUCUUCUGACACCGUACAGAACUUAGGAAAGUUAGGGAAAAAAACAAAAUAUAGUUUAGUCCGACAAACAAACCAGACCGGUGAAGAUGAAGAUUCCCACACAAAUCAGCAGAAUAACUUUUUGUAUACCUCUGUGCUGCGUACAUCUUUCAGCAUAACAGGAACUAUGUACAAUAUAAACAGUCAAAACUAGUAGACUGCAGUUCUGGAAAAUGGUCGCGCUAGAGACUAAAGGGUUUCUGAUGGUUUUACACAUAAUUCUUCACAUUAAUUCUUGAUUAUUAUAUCUUGAUUAAUAUACUUAAUUAUUUUGCAGUUAACAUGUCUUUUCUUCCCCACCUGUUUUUUGUUGUUGUUGUUGUUGUUGUUUGUUUCUUUUUUAUUCUGCUAAAGCAUUUUGCUGUCCAAGGGUCAUGCCAUAACUUCACAAUUUCUGUACUGCAUUAGUUUUGAUUUAAUAAUUGUUGACUUUUCAGUCAAUCUCUUUUUUGGCUCAUUUUAUCUUUUAAAAGAAAUCCUGCUCAAUAAUAAUGCACACCUAAAUAUGAGGAGUUUUUCACUUUCAGUCUUCAUGUACAAUUAUAUAUCACUUAUAAAUGAUUACCAAAUUAAUAGUAGUUAUUAAGAUUGAUAUGGUUGGAACUGGUAAAAUGUUUUUGGAAAAAAAUAUGAUCGGAAUAUCACUGCAUGACUGUUAUUUUGCUGACUGCCACCAGUGAAUGAAGAAAUGCCUCCAUCUACUGGGUUAAUAGGAGUAGCACAAUACAAAAAUGGUUUACACAAGAUUAAAAUUCUCUGCUGGCUAUUAAAAACAAACAAAGUAUAAUAAUCUGUUUUUAUUAAAAUCGUCAGCCUAAUAGAUCUGACUCCAAAACCACCUGA